CUCUCUCUAUCCAAUUUCGAUUUUGUUUGCUCUCUUUCUCCAUUUAUCUUAACGACUUUGGGCGUCAGAUAUUAACGGGUUCCUAGCAGAUUCCAGCCUUUUAUAAUCAAUCACCAAUCCCCAGCUGUCACCUUCAGUUGUUGCAAUUUGCAAGUGGUUGCUCAGUAGGGACCCAACCGACUCACACCCAUAUGAUCCGUCCCCACCCUCUUUCUGCACUUGCUGUUGAUUUUUUCAGAAUACCCGUCAACAUCAGUACAUCACACGAAAUUUCAUUGCUUACUCCUGUAAUUUUUGCCCCGCAUUUGUACUUUUCCCCAAAAUGUUAUCUUGUUCUGAUUAUGGGGUUUUCUCGGGUUGUUUAAAUAGCUUCUGUGGUGGUACCCACAGGUUGUUCAUUAUUAGGGUUUAGUCUAUCGGGCUUUUUACUGGGGUCUGGUUUGAACUUCCAAGGGGCUGUUAAAAUGUUGGAAAUUUGUAUCCAAUUAAUCUAUUUCUAAUUCGACUUACUUGGGUUUUGCUCUUUUUUGGGAGAAUCCACUGAUUAUCAUCAGAGAGGGAUUCAGAAGAAGAUUUUGCCAGAAUACUUCUCAUGGUCUAACUGAACCUGCUGCUUCCUUCUUCAUCAAUAGGUUUUUGGUGAUAUUUAUUGGCUCUGGUCACUGGUGGAGCUCACUUGGGCUAUUUCUAGGGUUGGUUUGUUUCUUUCCUGCCUACUUUUUGGUCUGACAUAUCCUCUUCGCAUAACCAGUCUACCAAAUACCGAUUAGGUAGUUGUCACUGAUACCCUUUCUUGGAAAUAAUCCAGAUCCAAUUUUCGAGAAGAAUUGUAGAUAAUUCCAUGGUUGUGGAGAUGGGUGUUUAAGCUUUUAAGCUAUAGGAGUGUUUGGUAGAUUCUUUUUGUUAUUCGUCUUCUUGUUCCUGUCGGUGAAACACUUGAUACCAGAAUCAAACAAGGCUAGAUGACAGCUGAUGAAACGGACUAUAGCUCCGAGUGGAGUAGAGAGCAGGACAAGGCUUUUGAGAAUGCCAUAGCAACUUAUCGUGAGGAUUCUUUAGAUCGGUGGGAGAAGAUUACAGCAGAUGUUGAAGGGAAAUCCUUCAAAGAGAUUAAACAUCAUUAUGAGCUAUUAGUUGAGGACAUUAACCAGAUUGAGUCCGGCUGUGUACCUCUACCUUGCUAUAAGUCCUCCUCAGAUGGUGGUUCUACAAGCCACACGGCUGAAGAAGGACCAAGUAAAAAGAGUGGCCAUUUUGGGAAUUUUAACAGUGAUUCAAAUCACGGAGGAAAGGGUUCAAAAGCAGAUCAGGAGCGCCGCAAGGGUAUUGCUUGGACAGAGGAUGAGCACCGAUUAUUUCUUCUUGGUUUGGAUAAGUACGGGAAAGGCGAUUGGCGAAGCAUAUCCCGAAACUUUGUGGUGACGAGAACACCUACACAAGUGGCAAGCCAUGCACAGAAAUACUUCAUUCGUUUGAAUUCUAUGAACAAAGACCGGAGGCGAUCAAGCAUUCAUGAUAUCACUAAUGUCAAUGGUGGAGAUGUUGCGGUGUCCCAAGCACCCAUUACUGGUCAAACAAAUGUUUCUUCUUCAGGGGCUUCUAGUAAAGCUAACAAAGCACCCUCUCAGACCCAAGGUGCUCCCUCAGGGGUUGGAAUGUAUGGCCCGCCGACUAUAGGGCAACCAGUAGGACCUCUUGUCUCAGCGGUUGGCACACCAGUGAGCCUUCCUCCACCACAUAUUGCAUAUGGUAUCAGAGCUCCAGUUCCUGGCACCCCAAUGAACAUGGGUCCAAUGACGUAUCCGAUGCCACACGCAUCUGCUCAUAGGUAAUGUACUUUCUACUAGCAAAUUGUACAAGCACAAGAAGACUACAAAGCUCAUAUUCACUUUGGGUCGUUUUGUUCUUUGGCUGAGCUGGAAUAAUAAAGUUGCUUCUUUGCAAACAUCAGUUGUCGAACGAGUUUAUCUUUUUUAUUUGUAUCAGUCAAGUCCGAAUAAGCUAGUAGGAACCGUGUGCAUCUGUAUAUAGGCUGCUGUGGAAUAUGUGGCAGCAUUUAGGGGUACACAACAAUCUAGUUUCUCUUAGUUCAGUUAGACAUUCAGUUAUUAGACAUAAAGAUGCUAGUUGAUUAUGGUUUAAGGUUAUUUUAUGGCCAUAAUUGUGGAAAGCCUUGAUCCUCUUUUAUAUCUUUGUUUUCCGACUAUUUUGAGAAACAUGUAAGAGCACAAAUUGUGCGAAGGCCCGGUAUGAGUUCGUAUUGAUAAUGUUUAGAGGUUGUGUUUGUGUA